AUGGAACAAAACAUUCCACAAUAUAAAAUAUUAUUAAUCGGUGAUAGUGAUGUCGGCAAGACAUCAAUUGUAAAAAGAUUCUCUGAUGAUAUAUUUGAUGAAGAUUUAUUAUGUACUAUAGGUGUAGAGUAUAAAGUAAAGACAUUAAAGGUAGACGAUAAAGAGGUUACUUUUAAUAUUUGGGAUACUGCAGGUCAAGAGAAAUUUAGAGCAUUAAUCAGUUCAUAUUAUCGUGGAGCACAUGGAAUCAUCCUAACAUAUGAUGUAACAAAGAGAGAGACAUUUAAGAAUCUUCAAUAUUGGUUAAAUGAAAUUGAAACCUUUUCAACUAGAUCAAAUGUUGUAAAGUUAUUGGUUGGUAACAAGAUUGAUAAGGAAAAUAGAGAGGUUACAAGAGAAGAGGGAUUGGAAUUUGCACGUAGCAAAGCAAUGUUGUUUAUCGAGUGUAGCGCAAAGACUAAAGUUGGCAUUCAACAAGCUUUUGAGGAACUUGCUCACAAAAUUCUCGAAACACCAGAUGAAGAACCUCAAAAGAAAAAGAAAUCUACAAACCUCGUUCAACCUGAUGAACAAGAUCAAAAUAUGGAUUCUUAUUGUAGAUGUUAA